CCAAGAACGCCACAGUAUCUGCUGUCGCAAGAGUGUCUGUUUUCGUACAAGAGGAAGCCACUGUUUGAGAGUGACAGAUCUCAUCAUGCAGCUGUUGGUGGACGUUCUGAAAUGGUUCAGAGUCGAGGCGAGUGGAUUCUCUGUGACCAUGUGCCUUUUUCUGCUUUUUCUCAGCCUCCUCUACUGGUAUUCCAUCUAUCCAUAUUCCGUUCUGGAGCGUUGUGGCAUCAAACACCCAAAGCCGUCGCCAUUCUUUGGAAACCUCAUGCUGUUUAGGAACGGUUUUUUAGGUCCACAUGCAGAUCUUAUAAACAAGUAUGGACGAGUGUGUGGUUAUUAUUUAGGCCGUCGGCCGAUAGUGAUCGUGGCAGACCCUGAAAUACUCAGGCAGGUGAUGGUGAAGGAAUUCAGUAGGUUCCCAAACAGGAUGACUAUCAGGGGCGGGACUAAACCGAUGAGUGAGAGUCUGAUUAUGCUAAAGGACGAACGCUGGAGGCGGGUUCGGAGCAUCCUGACACCAUCCUUCAGUGCUGCCAAGAUGAAAGAGAUGGCUCCCCUCAUCAACAUGGCUACAGAAACAUUACUGAACAAUCUGAAAAGGAAUGCCGAGUCUGGUGACAGCUUUGACAUUCACAGGUGUUUCGGCUGUUUCACAAUGGAUGUAAUUGCCAGUGUGGCAUUCGGUACGCAGGUGGACUCUCAGAACAAUCCUGAUGAUCCUUUUGUGCACCACGCCUCCAAGUUCUUCUCCUUCACCUUCUUCCGGCCCCUCAUGAUAUUCCUCAUUGCAUUUCCAUUUCUUCUUAAUCCUCUUUCUGGCCUCAUCCCCAACAAAUCGAGGGAUGAAAUGAACCGUUUCUUUAUCAGCUGUAUCCAGAAGAUCAUUAAACAGAGAGAUGAACUGCCACCAGAACAGCGGCGGCGGGAUUUCCUGCAGCUGAUGCUGGAUGUCCGGAGCAGCAGCGAAUGUUUGUCUGUGGAGCAUUUUGAUGUGGUCAAUCAUGCUGAUGAACAGGCCUGCCCAGAUCAGGAGACGGCCAGCGGGCAAGAAAACAGUCAAAGCUCUGGCCACGAUUCCGCCAAGCGCGUCCAGCAGAAGAGAAUGAUGACGGAGGAUGAGAUUGUGGGUCAGGCGUUCAUCUUCCUGUUGGCCGGCUAUGAGACGAGCAGCAACACACUAGCGUUCACCUGCUACCUGUUAGCGAUCCACCAAGACUGCCAGGAAAGAGUCCAACAGGAAGUGGACGAAUUCUUCUCCAGACACGAAACGGUUGAUUAUAAUAAUGUCCAAGAGCUGAAGUAUCUGGACAUGGUCAUAUCUGAAGCCCUAAGACUCUACCCACCUGGAUUCAGGUUUGCGCGGGACGUCGAGCAAGACUGUGUGAUAAAUGGUCAGUCUCUACCUAAAGGAGCGUCGCUGGAAAUCCCUGCAGGCUUCCUUCACUAUGAUCCUGAGCACUGGCCCGAACCUGAGAAGUUCAUACCGGAGAGAUUUACUCCAGAAGCCAAGGCCAGCCGGCACCCAUUUGUAUAUCUGCCGUUUGGAGCAGGGCCACGCAGCUGUGUGGGCAUGAGAUUGGCCCAGCUGGAGAUUAAAGUGGCUCUGGUUCACAUAUUUAGGAGAUUCAACGUGGUGGCUUGUGAGGACACCAAGGUUCCUCUGGAGUUGAAGUCAAGCACAACCCUCGGACCCAAGGAUGGGAUUUUUGUCAAAAUAACCAAAAGAGAGAAUUUUGACACGUUAUAAUAGAGUUUCUGUAAUAAUAUUU